AUGAAGUGGCUUUCCGCAGCAGCACUAUCCCUCGUCGCGCCUGUUCAGGCCGGCUUGCGCUUCCAAUGUUCGACUCUGACGAUCCAACGUCUUGACCCGGUUGUCCAGCCUGGCGCGGUUCCAGCAUCCCAUGUCCACCAUAUCGUGGGUGGAAAUGCCUUCAACGCUACGAUGGAAGGAGACGUCGGUGAAAGGGCGACUUGCACCACGUGUGAAAUGUCGGAAGACUUCUCCAACUAUUGGACUGCGGUUCUGUACUUCAAGCACCCUACCAACGGCUCUUACCACCGCGUUCCAGUCAUCCCUGUCAACCCAGGCAACUUAGAUGGGUACGCCGGCACCAGUGGUGGCCUUACAGUCUACUACAGCCAGACAGACUUGAUCCGGGACGACAUUGCACACCAGCCCGUCAAGACAUUCCCACCGGGUUUCCGUAUGACUGUCGGCGACCCAAAGAUUGCUUCCAACCAACAUGUGGGCCUGCGUUACCAGUGUCUGCAGAGUGGAUUCAACCGAGGACCGGAGAUGGCCAACUUCCCCACGUCGCCAUGCCCUGGCGGUAUCUUCGUCACUCAGCACUUCCCCGCAUGCUGGGACGGCAAGAACCUCGACAGCCCUGACCACCAGUCGCACAUGUACAACACCAUCACUCAGGACGGCUUUGUCAACGCUGGCAAGUGCCCAUCUAGUCACCCUGUCCGCAUGCCACAGGUCGCAUUCGAGACCGUCUGGGACACCUCCAAGUUCAACAGCAUGUGGCCCUCAGGAACACCCAACCCGUAUGUGUGGAGCUUCGAGGGCACGGCGGCCGGCACCCAUGCAGACUACAUGUUUGGCUGGAAGGGUGACUCGCUCCAACGCGCCAUGAACAAGUCCGAAUGCUUCUACGACGGCUGCGGCUCCAUCACGAAGCAGCAGAUGAGCGUUGCCAACCAAUGCACAAUUAAGCAAACGGUUCAGGAGCAGACCGAUGGCUGGCUCGCCAAACUCCCCGGCAUGUAA